ACUCCCACUCCACUCUACCCACUACCACCACAACUCCACUCACUGAUUCUCACUCAUGUACUCUGUGGUCUUACUGUGACAUUGCAUUUGCAUCUGCGUUGAAUUUGUUUGUUUUCAAUUUUACAAAAAGUAAACAAUUUGCAAGUCUCUAAAAUGUUAUUACAUCAAGAUGUUGAAAUGAAAAUACAAGUAAAAUAAGUGAACAAUUAGAUGUUUUAUCUCUUUAUUUGCUAUCGCUCAAUUUACGAAUUUUCCACAAGUUAUGGAUCACUAUCUGCCUAGGUUAAAAUUAUUCCGGAAUGGUGAGUUUGAGGCAGAGAUAGGUGAUUUGUUCAACAAAAAGUUUUCUUUCCAUUUUGAGUCUAGUUGGAAGUUACCGGAGCGUGAGUAUUGGUUUACUACGCCGCCAUGGAAGGCCAAGGACUUGGAGAUUUUGAAGAGCCGUCUAAAUUUUCAUAAGAGCCAGUUGAACGAUUUUAACAUUGAGGAAUGGAGCAGCCACACGCGGCGCAGGAACCCUGCGGGUGAAGUAGGAUGGAAGAUCCGCUGUCUCGUCAACCCUGAGUUUUUAACGCAGGCAUGGACCAAGUUCUACGAAUGCGCGUGCACUUACGACAUAAUCCCGAGAGAAGCAGUGGUCAGUAACAAGAUGGCAUCUCUGCAUUUGUGUGAAGCCCCAGGAGCAUUCAUAACAUCUCUAAACCACUACUUGAAGCUGAAUUAUCGUGGACUUGAAUGGAAAUGGGUGGCCAACACACUCAACCCAUAUUAUGAAGGGAAUUCACCAUCAAACAUGAUCAGUGACGACCGCUUCAUGUUCCACACCCUGGACUGUUGGGACUUUGGAGUGGACAACACCGGCAACCUGAUGGACUGGGAGAACUCACAAGCUAUUGUCAAGAAAGCCAGGUCUUUGGGAAAGGUGUUGCUGGUGACUGCAGACGGGUCCAUCGAUUGCAUGCAGAGACCUGAUGCCCAGGAGGAGGUCACCUCUCCGCUGCAUUACUGUGAAAUUGUCACAGCUCUACAGGCACUCAGCCCAGGAGGGACGUUCAUCUUUAAACUGUUCACCUUUUUUGAGCAUUCCACUGUGAGUCUACUCUACCUCAUCAACCAUCUCUUUGAUGAAGUCAAGAUUUACAAACCUGUGACGUCACGACAAGGGAACUCUGAAGUCUACGCAAUAUGCCUCAACUACAAAGGCAGCGCCAACUUAGACCAGUACAUACCCACCCUAAAGUCUGCCUACGGAACAGAACUAUAUGGAAACCAAGCCCUGUUCCCUUUAUCGGCUAUACCUGACAGUUUCCUAAAGCAAGUUCAUGAAUGUGCAUAUUAUUUCUGUGCAAUCCAGUGCCAAGUUAUCGAUAACAAUCUCCAAGCUUACAUAAACCAGAAUAACAUAUCACUUCAUAGAGAUAUGAAAAGAAUACGUGGGCUGGUAGCCACUGAAUUCAUAUGGCGAUACGGCAUCAAACCAUUGGACAUGGAACAUGAGAUAUUAAAGGGAGCAUUGCAUGAGGAAUGCAAGACUAACAUGAACCCGAGAUACCACAGAGGAUCUUAUACAGAGAGGCAACUUUAUACGAAAAUGUCUCUGAGAGAAAAAGCAAAAAAUAUGAAUGCAUUGUUACAGGCAGAGGUUCUGGCUAAUCCGUUGAUUCUGAUCAAUGAGCCAGUCUUGUGGUUGUCAUUCAUGGAUGAGGCUGCUCCUCUCAAUUUAGUAUUUACUUAUGGUUGUCCAUUGCAAAAGAUUAACAGCUCCAAGUUCAUCUUUGUGCCAAUAUUUAGACUGUAUCAGCAGAUCUUGGCUGAGGAAGAAUUUAAAGAAAUUAAUCUCAGCUCCAGACGUGAGAACAGGAGAAAUAUUGAUUGUGAAAUUGAUAAAACAUUGAGACUUCAAGACUACGAUUACCAGGAAGGCUACAGUGUGUACGAAAAGAAAUGCUUUCAAGUCCUCCGUAAUACAAUAAAAGAGUUGUUUGUAGGACAAACUCUGCUAUUGCAGAAUUUUAAUAUGUUAACCCAUUUUAAUGUGAGCGUCUUAUAUAUUUUGUCCAGAAAGUGUUUUCUAAAGACUGGGUUUACAUCAAAUGGUAUUAUUUUGAAGAAUAUGACAAAUAAAGAGUCCAUGGCUUAUUUGGACGACAUAGAGUGUGAGUGUCGGAAACUGAGAGAUAGCCCGAGGGAUCUACUGAACUCUUUGCCAGUUCAGACCAUGAAUGUGGGAGAAUUUUUCAACAGUGUUGUAUUGUACAAUAAUACGUUUUAUCGGAACAAAUGUGUUGAAUAUCUAUGCGCUAUAGAACAAAACCUAUAAAUAAGUACAUAAAAUAUUUACAAUUGCGAUUGAAUGCAUUUUUUAAAUUAUUUUUCUAUUGUUAUGAUUGUUGCGGUCAUUUGUGUGAAUAAGACUUAUUUUCACGUUAUUAAAUACUUUCUAAAUGUUGUGAUGAAA